AUGGAGCAACUUCAAGAGAACCAAGUCGUCCUUCAGGAAGAAGUAUCCCAAAUACGGUCCCAAAUGCGGCAGUUGAUGGAAACUAUUCAAGCAGUCGCAAGAGGCCAAGAGGUUAUGGCAAAAAUGCAAGAAGAAACGAACCAACGUGUCAGUACCACCAAUCCUCCUACCUCUCCAGCGAUCGAGACUCCGACUCCAGUUCCUCAAGUUGAUCCUCCAAUUAAGAUUAAUGCACCCGGAGGUGUUCCAAACGACAAUCCUCGUCCUCAUAUUUUUGAGACAGACGGCCAACUCGAUGCAUUCUUCAGCCUAAGAGAUGCUUCUCAGGAUGACGCCUUCAGUUCAACAACCAACAAGGUGGAGAGGAAGGUAAGGGCUAUCGAGGAAAAGCUCAAGGCAAUGGGGAGCACUGAUGUUUUGGGCCUUGAUGCGGCAGAAAUGUGCUUGGUACCUGAGGUCAUCAUUCUGGCCAAGUUCAAAGUUCCGGACUUUGAAAAAUAUAAGGGAAAUAGCGACCCUAGGACACACAUUAGGGCAUACUGCCGAAAGAUGGUUGCCUAUUCCAGCGAUGAUCGACUUUUAAUGCAUUUUUUCCAGGAUUCCCUCAGUGGGGCAUAUUUGGAUUGGUACAUGCAACUUGAGGGCAACCAUAUUCACACCUGGAGGGAAAUGGAUGAGGCAUUCCUCAAGCACUAUCAGUACAACACUAAUAUGGCACCUAAUCUCACGCAGUUGCAAAAUAUGACUCAGAGGUCUGAGGAGUCCUUCAAAGAAUAUGCCCAGCGGUGGAGGGAAUUAGCUGCUAGGGUACAACCCCCAUUGCUAGAAAGAGAACUCGUAGACAUGUUUAUGAGAAACCUGCAAGGUCCAUACCUUGAUAGAAUGGUAGGGAGCACCUCUUUGGGAUUUUCCGACCUGGUCUUAGCCGGUGAAAGGAUAGAAAAUAUGAUUAAAAUGGGAAAGAUCCAAAACUCUGCCAGUACGUCUAAUGCAUCGAAGAAACCUUUUGUUUCCUACGGUAAAAAACGAGAAGGCGAGACCAAUGCUGCCAUAGCUCCCGUUCAACCAAGUCAACAACAACCAUUUGCAAUUCCUGUUCAAACUCAACAAAAACAACGGUAUCAACAAUAA